AUGAAGGUUUCUUCAAUCGUUGCGUUCUCAGGGCUCUUCCUUCUUCCGCCGGCAGCGGCCCUCGUACCUUUAAAGUUCAUUAACGACUGUGUAAACUUCGCCACCGGCUUUGCCAACGAGAACACAGAAGUCCUUAGCUCAACAUACGUUCUUAAGGGAACAGUAAUUCCAUUGCCAGACUCAUGCACUUUGGCAGUCACGGCUAGAGCAAACUUCUGCAGGGUCAAGCUCAAAGUAACAACGAGCAGUAGCUCCCAGGUUAUUACGGAAGCAUGGCUGCCCACGGAUUGGAAAAACAAAGGCAAGCGCAUGGUAAUGAAUGGAAAUAGCGGAUGGGGCGGCUGCAUCCUGUUCGAAGACCUAGCCUGGGCGAGCGGCCUUGGAUUCGCUGCUAUCGGCCAUGAUACCGGGCAUGUUGGCCCUGUCGCCACUGGCUUCAGUAACCCUGAAGUUUGGAAGGACUGGGUGUAUAGAUCCGUCCUCGUCGCAACCAAAGCCGGCAAAGCGGCAACCAACCACUUUUACAACACCCCUCUCAAUAAAUCCUACUUCAUAGGCUGCUCGACCGGCGGCCGUCAAGCUCUCAAGCUGGCUCAAGACAGCCCCGACGAAUACGAUGGUAUUCUGGCUGCUGCACCUGCGGCCUACUGGCCAAACAUCGAAGUCUCCGAAGCCAUAUACGCCCAAGCAGUUGGUACCGAGGGAUCUCCGACAUACCUCAACCAGGCUCAAUGGGAAGCUGUUGAUGCUGCCACGAUGGCUCAAUGCGACGGAAUCGAUGGCGUCCUCGAUGGAAUCCUAGAAAAUCCGGCUCAGUGCGACUUUCACCCUGAACUUAUGCUUUGUGGACCUGGACAGACCUGGCUUCUUAAUGGAUGUUUGACGCUUGCUCAAGUUCAAACCGUGAAAAAGCUAUACGCCCCAAUUUAUGGCAAUCAUGGACGAUAUAUCUAUCCUGGUAUUGUUCCAGGAGCCAUCCCCAGUCAAGGAAUGUUUUUGAAAUAUGGCCCCUUUGUCGGCGGCGGUCCCAAAGACUUUCUACGCUACGUAGUUUUUAAUGAUCCUUCGUACGACCUGGUCAGCCAGUUCAACCUUGACACCGCUGAUUUGAUGCUCGAUAACGACUGGUCUGGGGCACACUCCAAUAAAUCAGAUCUCAGUGGUCUACAGGCAUCAGGCAAUAAGCUCCUGAUGUAUCAUGGUCUGGCAGAUGUAGCCAUUCCACCUGAGGCAUCAUAUCGAUAUUACAACAGCGUCUCACUUAAUAUGACAUUGCCACCUUCCGGACUAGAUUCAUUCUUUCGUUUCUUUCCAAUCUCUAGUCUAGGCCAUUGUGCAGGAGGAAAGGGUGCAGGUUAUGUGGGAGGACCUUCCCAGGUGCAGUUGUACCCUGGAGCUGCGGAUAGUGUACCUGCAGGGAAUAGCGCACUGAUGUCCUUGGUUAAAUGGGUUGAGCAAAAUGAAGCACCGGAGACUUUGAGAGGGUAUAAAGUUGGUCUUUUGGGAGAGACUCUUGGGCAAAAGGACCAUUGCAAGUAUCCUCUGAAGAUGACCUACAAAGGUUCUGGAAAUCCCAAUAAUAGGGGAAGCUGGAAGUGCGUUAAAAUAGACUGA